AUGAAAACAAAUAAUAAAAUUGAGUCAAGCGCGAAGUGUUGUUGGUUCAGUUGGCAUGUGUUUGGUGUCAUCUUAAUCAUACUGGCAACAGUUAUUUUCUUAUUUUUCCCAGAACUCUUCCAACAUCAACUGACAAAGAAUUUUGUGUUAACGCCAGAAUCGCGAUCCUAUUCAGAAUGGAAAAAGCCAACAAUUCCACUUUAUAUGGAUGUUUAUGUUUUCAAUUGGACAAAUCCACAUGAAAUUAAAAAUAAAUCGACGAAGCCGAAUUUCCAACAACUUGGACCUUAUCGGUUUCGUGUACAUCCAGAUAAAUUAAAUAUCAAAUUUUUCGAACACAACUCUACUGUAAGCUAUAAUAUGUUUAGCAAGUAUUUCUUCGAACCAGAUGGAAGCAAUGGCUCGUUGUCUGAUAUUUGGACGACUAUAAAUAUGGUACCAUUGGGAGCUGGUAAAAAAGCCGAGAAUUGGGGAUAUUUUCGUCAGAAAGCUGUAUCGAUGGCAUUUUCCACUUAUAAAGAGGAAGUUCACAUUACAAAAACAAUUCAAGAGCUUUUGUUUGAUGGAUACGAAGAUGACAUGGUGAAGUUAUCAACAAUUUUUACUAAUGAUACGCCUUUUACUCGUGUUGGAUAUCUUAUAACGAAAAAUCGCACAAAUCAUUUGAGUGGACUUUAUAAUGUUAACACAGGUGCUGAAAAUAUAAGCGAGUUGGGAAGCAUAAAACGUUUUAAUCAUUUGUCAGAGUUUCCCAAAUUCAAAGACGAAUGCAGGAAUCUUAAAGGAUCUGCUGGAGAAUUCUUUCCACCAAAUUCUUCAUCAAACGAAUCGAUUUAUCUUUUCUUACCGGAAAUGUGUCGGUCAAUUCCAUAUGAAUAUGAAAAAGAAGUAACACUUCAUGGUUUAAUUGGAAGACGAUUUUCUGUUGGAUCGAAAGCUCUUGACAAUGGAACAAUUCAUCCUGAAAAUAAAUGUUAUGCAAAUCAAGAUGACGUGAUGCCCUCGGGGCAAUUCAAUAUAACAACAUGCAAUUACGACUUUCCAAUUUACAUGUCAUUACCACAUUUUUACAAUGCUGACCAAUUUUAUAUUGACGCUGUUGAUGGAAUGAAUCCAGUUAAAGAAAAACAUGAAAAUUUUAUUACAUUAGAUCAAAAGACAGGAAUAACGUUAGAGGUGACGGCACGCUUUCAAACAAAUCUUUUGCUUCGUGAUUAUGGAGAAUAUAUUAAUCUCUACCAAGACGUUCCAAGAGUCUUCAUGCCAAUCUUUUAUGUGGAACAGAAAUUCAUAAUGGAUGAUGACAAAGCUAGCCAAAUAAAACUUGCGCUUAAUAUUCCAUUUAUAGGACAAAUCAUUGGAGUUAUUAUAUUUGCUUUGGGAAUAUUUAUGAUAUCAUUUCAUUAUUUUAAAUCAUUUUUCACUUCAAAGACGAGUAAUGACUCAAAGAGUCUUCCUUUAAAACCAGGUGCAACAACUGUGAUAAGAGAUGUUGAAAUGAAUCCAUUGAUGAAGAAAACAAACCUUAAACAAUGA